GGCUGGGCUGGGGCUGUGGCCGCAGCGCCCUGGCAGCCGGCACACAGGAGCAGUGACCCCUGGGUGGCAUUGAGCGAUGUCCAAGGGCUCGCGUUCCCCCAGCAUCAGACCCUGCAGCCCCGAAUAUAUUUAGAAAAGAGCCCAGACCAAAAAUAGAGGAAAAAAGUUUCCCCAGUGGCUGCUUCAUCUGCCAGUCACAAGGAAAGCCAAUGGGGCAUGCAGCUGCCUCCUGCCCCGAUAACCCUGUGCCCACUGUCGGGUGGAUGGACGGACAGAGCCGGGCAGACCUGUCUGCACCCCGCUGAGGAGCUGGGGACCAGCUGGGAAGGGGGCUCGCAGCGUCCUGCACCACCCCGCCGGGGGGAGCCGACGGCGCGGGAGCACCAGGCUCUGCCCCACGCACCUGCCAACGCUGAGGGAUCUCCGUGCCAGAUCACCACCGCAGCGUCCCCCACGGUGCUCCCACUGUGGCAGGGCUGUGUUCUGCCGGAGGUCUUUGCUGCCCUCCCCACGACAGGUUAGGCGGUCCCUUGGGACGCAGGGUGGGGACAGCCCAGGGACAGCCCUGGGUCGGCUCUCUGCAUGUCCAGGGGAUGCAGUGGCAGUCUGGCGGGUUCUGGGGUGGCCGUGUCUCGAGGGUGGCUGUCUUGCAGGGCACCACGGCCUGUGCCAUGGGGGACUGGAGCCUGCUGGGGCGGCUGCUGGAGAGCGCCCAGGAGCACUCCACAGUGGUGGGGAAGGUCUGGCUCACCGUCCUCUUCGUCUUCCGCAUCCUGGUGCUGGGGGCAGCUGCCGAGCGGGUCUGGGGCGAUGAGCUGUCUGGCUUCUCCUGCGACACGCAGCAGCCCGGCUGCCAGAAUGCCUGCUACGACAGCACCUUCCCCAUCUCCCACCUCCGCUUCUGGGUCCUGCAGAUCAUCUUCGUCUCUACCCCCAGCCUCGUGUACCUGGGCCACAUCCUGCACCUGGUGCAUCUGGAGGAGAAGGCGCAGCAGCAAGCGGCGGCGCAGGCUGGCAGCGGGGCCAGGCGGCAGCGCCCUGGGCAGCCCCGGCUCCCUGCAGGGGAUGGGCGGGGACGGGUCUGCAUGCGGGGGGCCAUCCUGAGGACGUACGUCUGCAACGUCGUCUUCAAGGCUCUCUUGGAAGUGAGCUUCAUUGUGGGCCAGUAUGCCUUGUAUGGGUUCCAGCUGAAGCCCCUCUACACCUGUAGCCGCUGGCCCUGCCCCAACACUGUCAACUGCUACAUCUCCCGGCCCACCGAGAAGACCAUCUUCAUCCUCUUUAUGCUGGGGGUGGCCUGCGUGUCCCUGCUGCUCAACCUGGUGGAGAUCUACCACCUGGGUCUCACCAAGUGCCGGCAGGGGCCAAGCCCCAAGUCCCGCAUCCUGCCCGGUCCUGGUGGCCCUGCAGGUCCCUGCAGCGCGCACAUCACCCUGCCCGGCAGUGGCGGCCCUGCGGCUGCUGGCAGAGUGCCCCACGGCCUGGCACCCCUGGGGAAGGCGGGUGCAUGGCUGGGAGCGGCCAGUGGGUCCCACGGGAAGGCACGAGCAGCAGACCUGGCAGUGUGAACAGGGCCUGCUGGGACGCUCAGGGACUGGUGAUGGAUGCACGGGCAGCCACACUUGUGGUUCUGUCUCCUGGGCCCUUCCAGGCUCGUGGCAUGGAUCACACGGCCAGUGCCAGGGAUGGGCACAGCCCCAGGGACAUGUCUCAGCCAUUCCCUGCGCCCCUGGGAGCGGCGGGGCUGGGGUCUGUCAGCUCUGUGGGAGCAAAUAAACACCCG